UGACUUUGACUAUGAAUCCUUGGUAUGUUUCUUGCAUUGCCUAGCGAUAAAGAGCCAUUCAUGCUAACAAGUUAUAGGCACUUGCACUCUACCAGGAAUGGAUUGAAUUGGAUCUGUUCCACAAUGGCCUGGCAAAGUUCUCUGUGGAAGACUUCGAGGCGGCCGGUCUAACCGCUGAAGACCGCUUCCUGAUUGAGUUUAUGGCAGACCAAGAAGCCGGGCACGCCACUAUGAUCAGCAACAUCCUGGGUGCUUCGGCUCCGCAGCAGUGCCAGUACAACUACCCGUACACGAACGUGCGGGAGUUUGUCGACUUUUGCCAGAAGCUCACCCGUUUCGGUGAAUCGGGUGUCUAUGGCUUCCUUGGCCAUCUUGACUCCCGGGAAGCCGCAACGCUCUUGCUGCAGUCAAUCACUACGGAGGCCCGUCAGCAGAUGAUUUUCCGUCAGUUUGAAGGUCUAUUCCCGAUGCCAGUCUGGUUCGAGGUUGGCGUGCCCCAGUCCUGGGCUUGGUCUCUCAUCUCGCCCUACAUCGCUUCGUGUCCAGCCAACCAGACCAGAUUGGCAUGGCAGAACUUCCCAGCCCUCUGGGUGCUGAACCAGCCUAACCCAGAGCGCAUUAACGGCACAUCCGGUUUCAACGAGACCAUCAGCGCUGGUAUGAACACCAUGAACGCAACGGUUCCCAACAGUGACUCGUGUCUCAAUGCCACCGGCGUUGGUACGAACUGCGGCCCUGCUAUCACCCACAACCGCACGAUUCCUCUAUCCUACCCUGGACGCCAAGUUUUCUUCGAGUGGGAGACUCCUGGUAAGGCCGUCGGUCCCAACAAUAGCUACAUCACCUCAUCACAGGCUGGAGCUCCCAAGUAUGUCGUCUGGGCGACGCAGCUGAACGUAACCUACUCUGCUCUUGUUCUCAAUGGUAGCAACUCCACUGCGGGUUGGACCCUCCAGCCCAACGUGUCGACCUACCAGGGCGAUCCUGCUAUCAACGGAACCAUGUUUGUUGCCAUCACUGACGACAACCCAUUCCUGACGCCCUUCAACUUCAGCUUGAUCAACCCUCACGUGGUGGCUGGUCCUGCUCUCUACCAAUCUGGUUAAAGAGACUUGGCGGACAACGCCGCGUCCUGUGGCGUUGAACGCGCUCAGUAACGCUGAUAUGAUGGAAAACUGGUCUAUGCUACUAAUCUGUACAGAAGGAGUUCUUAAUCUCCGCUACAGGCCCACUCUAUAAUGUAUGAUAAUUUCACCUAGUGAUUAAUGCGGAAUAAUCAUGCUCCAAGUGCAAUAAUCUAUAUCCACCAGCCUCUCUUAAAAGUAAACGGUAGAUUCUUCCGGGUGAAAAGAGCAGCAGUCUGGUGAUAUUGAUGAGGUCAUCAUCGCUUAUGCAUUGUUGCAAUAUUUUAUUUCAGCCGGGAGACUCGUAGUUUAUGGCCGCUACCAAACAGGGUCCGGCUGGAUCCGGUGUGGCAAAGAAGCCAUGGGUUGGAUGAGCGAGCUGCAGGGAACUGGGCAAAGUCAAUUCGGAUAUCAACUGGUUUCAGGCAGACGCGCACAAUCAACCUUCUAGAUAGAUGGAAAGAAAAAUUG